GGGAACUAGGGGUCGGCUUUCCUCCGCGCUCCCGCGGCCUCGGCUGUUACUGAUCCCCGGGCUCGGCCCCCUCCGGGCGCGCACCGAGCUGGGGGCACCCAGCUGGCAUCCUUUGAGCCUCCAGCGCCCAGGAAGGGGGAAGGGGAAGGGGCGGGGCAGGCAAGGAGCGGAGCAGAGAGGCUGGACUAACCGCCCCACUUCCUCCUUCCGCCCCUCCCUCCCGCACUCGCGGGCGAGCUUCAACCGAGCGGGGCCGGCGGAGGAGCGCGGGGCCGGGGGGCGGAGGGGCCAGGGUUCGCGGCAGCCCACGUGACCCCACCUCCCACCGCGCUCCAGCCCGCGCGUCCGGAGGCGGCGGCCCGCAGACCGACACCCGCGCCAGACUCCGCGGCGGGGCCGCCGCCCGCGAGUGCCGUAGGGCCACCUGAGCCGGAGCCCGGAGGACGCCGACGCUCCCUGCUGCCCGAGUCCUGCGCGCCGCGAUGGGCCGGGGGAGCUGGCCGCCGCCGCUGCCGCUGCUGCUGCUGCUGCUGCUGCUGCCGCCGCCUUCUCCGACUCGAGCGCUCGCCCCUCGGAUCAGCCUGCCUCUGGGCUCUGAAAAGCGGCCAUUCCUCAGAUUUGAAGCAGAAAACAUCUCCAACUACACGGCUCUCUUGCUGAGCAGUGAUGGCGGGACUCUGUUCGUGGGUGCCCGAGAGGCCCUCUUUGCGCUCAACAGCAGCAUCAGCUUCCUGCCAGGCGGGGGGUACCAGGAGCUGCUGUGGCGUGCAGAUGCAGAGAGGAAACAGCAGUGCAGCUUCAAGGGCAAGGACCCACAGCGGGACUGUCAAAACUACGUCAAGAUCCUCCUGCCACUCAACAGCAGCCACCUGUUCACCUGUGGCACCGCAGCCUUCAGCCCCGUGUGCACCUACGUCAACGUGGAGAACUUCACUCUGGCACAAGAUGUGGCGGGGAACAUCCUUCUGGAAGAUGGCAAGGGCCGCUGUCCCUUUGACCCCAACUUCAAGUCCACGGCCCUGGUGGUGGAUGGCGAGCUGUACACUGGAACAGUCAGCAGCUUCCAGGGGAAUGACCCGGCCAUCUCACGGAGCCAAAGCCUCCGCCCCACCAAGACCGAGAGCUCCCUCAACUGGCUACAAGACCCAGCAUUUGUGGCCUCGGCCUUCAUUCCCGAGAGCCUGGGCAGCUUGCAAGGGGAUGACGACAAGAUCUACUUCUUCUUCAGUGAGACUGGCCAGGAGUUUGAGUUCUUUGAGAACACGAUCGUGUCCCGCAUAGCCCGCGUCUGCAAGGGUGACGAGGGGGGUGAGCGGGUCCUGCAGCAGCGCUGGACAUCCUUCCUGAAGGCCCAGCUGCUGUGCUUGCGGCCUGAUGACGGCUUCCCAUUCAAUGUGCUGCAAGAUGUCUUCACGCUGAGCCCCAGCCCCCAGGACUGGCGUGACACCCUCUUCUAUGGGGUCUUCACAUCCCAGUGGCACAGGGGGACCACAGAGGGCUCUGCCAUCUGUGUCUUCACCAUGAGGGACGUGCAGAGGGCCUUCAAUGGCCUCUACAAGGAGGUGAACCGCGAGACACAGCAGUGGUACACCGUGACCCACCCGGUGCCCUCGCCCCGGCCCGGCGCGUGCAUCACCAACAGCGCCCGGGAAAGGAAGAUCAGCUCGUCCCUGCAGCUCCCCGACCGUGUGCUGAACUUCCUCAAGGACCACUUCCUGAUGGACGGGCAGGUCCGCAGCCGCCUGCUGCUGCUGCAGCCCCAGGCCCGCUACCAGCGUGUGGCCGUCCACCGUGUCCCUGGCCUGCACCGCACCUACGACGUCCUCUUCCUGGGCACCAAUGACGGCUGGCUGCACAAGGCGGUGAGCCUGGGCGCCGGGGUGCACAUCGUCGAGGAGCUCCAGGUCUUUUCACCAGGACAGCCCGUGCGGGACCUGCUUCUGGAUGCCGACAGGGGACUGCUGUAUGCUGCCUCCCACUCGGGCGUGGUCCAGGUGCCCAUGGCCAACUGCAGCCUGUACCAGAGCUGCGGGGACUGCCUCCUGGCCAGGGACCCCUACUGCGCUUGGAGCGGCUCCAGCUGCAAGCACAUCAGCCUCUACCGGCCUGAGGUGGCCUCCAGGCCAUGGAUCCAGGACAUUGAGGAGGCCAAUGCCAAGGGCCUCUGCAACACUACCUUGUCCCAGGCCCAGACUUCUGUACCAAGAGGCGAGAAGCCGUGUGAGCCAGUUCACUUCCAGCCCCACACUGUGAACACCUUGGCCUGCCCCCUCCUCUCCAACCUGGCAGCCCGGCUCUGGCUGCACAACGGGGCCCCCAUCAACGCCUCGGCCUCCUGCCGCGUGCUGUCUACCGGGGACCUGCUGCUGGUGGGCAGCCAGCAGGAGCUGGGGGUGUUCCAGUGCUGGUCCUUGGAGGAGGGCUUCCAGCAGCUGGAGGCCAGCUACUGCCCGAAGGUGGUGGAGGACGUGGCGGCAGACCGAGCAGACCGGAGCGGCAGCGUGCCUGUCGUCAUCAACACGUCGCGGGUGAGCGCGCCGGCCGGGAACAAGGCCAGCUGGGGUGUGGACAAGUCCUACUGGACCGAGUUCCUGGUGAUGUGCGCACUGUUCGUGUUCGCCAUGGUGCUCUUCAUUUUAUUUUUCCUCUACCGGCACCGCGGCGGCAUGAAAGUCUUCCUGAAGCAGGGGGAGUGUGCCAGCGUGCACCCCAAGACCCGUCCAGUGGUGCUGCCACCUGAGACCCGGCCGCUCAAUGGCGUGGGCCCCCCUAGCACCCCACUCGACCACCGAGGCUACCAGGCCCUGUCGGACAGCUCCCCAGGGCCCCGGGUCUUCACAGAGUCGGAGAAGAGGCCACUCAGCAUCCAGGACAGCUUUGUGGAGGUGUCUCCGGUGUGUCCCCGGCCCCGGGUCCGCCUGGGCUCUGAGAUCCGGGACUCCGUGGUGUGAGAGCAGACUUAUAGAGGUGGCCUCCCUCUUGGGGCCGGGAGUGCUCAGAGAGGGUCGGCUGGACUCUGCUUCUCAUGGAACACAGCCGCGGUGCCCAGCCCUCGGGAGCCAUGGAGCCAGCUGGCCUGCUUCCAAGUGGCAAGGCCCCCUCCACCCCAGAUGGCUACGGCCACACAGGGCCUGGCUCAAGAUAGGGGCCUGCCCGCGUGGGCAGGACAGUGCUCCUUGUGUAAACUGAGCCCUUUGUUUCAAAACAGUUGAAAAUGUGAAACGAGAGAGAAGAGUAAGAGACAACACAGAACGCCGUGCACUUGGCCGGCCCAGCUCCCAGCCUUCCAGCCUCUGGACUGGGAGGACUCAUCCAAAGUGGUUGUUUGAGACAGAGCUGGAAAUCCCUCACCAACUAUCCUCUUCCACUUUCCGCCUUAUCCUACGGCCACAGGCUGCCCCUUCUCACUGCAGACCCAGGGGCCAGCUCGGGCUCCGGUGGGUCCAGGCUCACCACAUGGCCCAGUUGUUGCAGCCACCAUCCUGUCACCUCAGGGACCAGAGGGCCACACUGGCACUGCAGCCCUCACGAGGCCCUGGGCUCAGACCCACGUCCUGGACCUUUCCAGCCUGUAUCAGGCUGUGGCCACUUGAGAGAGACAGAGGGCAGCGUGAGCCCAGGAAAGGGUAUAUGCCAAUGUACACCUUCCCUCAGAAUUCCAGGAAGAGACUGUUGCCUGCCUUCCUCCCUCCCAGCCUGCAAACCUGUGUCUCUUUUCCCCACACCUGCCUUGGCCUCAUCUUGAAACCCAGUCCCCAGUUCACCCUACACCUUGCAGCCUCCACCCUAAGGGAUAGUGAUACUGCCCAGCACAGGGAUCCUGCGUUUAUGUGGAUUUUAUAUUUUUUUUUAAUAAGAUGCACUUUACUUUUUUUUUUUUUUUGUAAUAAAAUCUAAAGAAUUGAAAUUGAAUCGUGGCCCUUCCUCUUAAAGGACUGUUGCUUUUUGAGGUUGAUCUGCUUCUUUGAGUUCUGGGAGGUUUUAGACCUCCUCUUUCAGGUGCUAGUGGGCCAAAGCCAGCCCAGCCUGGCUGACCACACCUCGCAGCGAAGCCAGGUUCUUAAACGUGGGGAGUUUAACGCACUGAUGGGGUGGGGGAGGGGAUUUGUUUGCUUUACUUCAGUUCCUUUACUAUGCAUCCCCAGCUCAGUUCAGGGAUGGGGCACAGGGGACAAAGUCUUGGGUUUUCUUGUUUUAACUUGAAAAUAAUUUUUAUUUUUAAAAUGAUCAUAAAGUUAAAACUGACUUUUUUCUUUUACUACACAGUUCUGUAAGUUUUAACACAUGUAGAAAUUCAUGUAACCACCACCACAAUCAGGAUACAGCAGAGUUCCACCCCUCAUGCUACCAUACGCACACCCUCACAAGGGAGGGUGGGAAGGGCAGGGUACAGCCUGACUUCCUGCUGUCUCCUUUAGGUCCUACUUAUUCCCAGUGUGAC